AUGCCACAGCUCCUUCAUCUGCCCGGUGAACUUCUCGCGCGAGUGAUCUCGCAUAUCGAUCAAUCGGCCCUAAAACAGCUGCGCCAGACAUGUCGCACGCUGGCGCAAUUUGUCUCGCGGGAACUAUUCCGCACCGUGCACCUGUUCCCCGACGAAGAAAGCUAUGAAAGAGUUCGUAACAUCUCAAACAACACGAUAUUGCGGUCGUUGGUAAGGAAGAUUUACAUCAACACCUGUUACAAGGACUCUGAAUGGGGGGAUCCAGAUUGCACCCUUACUGAACCAUUCAAAGACGCCAUCUUGCAGCUCAAACGCUUCCCGAACGUGCAAAGCACCGUUCUACGCUUUGAUAAGAAUUGUUGCGUUGAUGAUGAUGGAGUAGAAAUGUGGCGUAGCGAAUGGCCCCAACCGCCCACCUACCGCGAGGAAGUUCUCCACGUGUUCUUCUCCUGGCUGACAUCCUUGGAUGUACCCACCAAAGAGCUGGGGAUCUGUAAUCUACAAGAUCUCACCAUCAAAGACACAGACACUCGCGCUAUGAUGGCUAAGGUGCUGUGUGGUCUUCAGUCGCUCCGGUUGAACAUAGCGACUGAGCACCACGAGGCAAGUCCAGAGGAGGAUCUAGAGUUCCCCGAGCCCCACGAGUUCUUCGCAGAGAUGCCCUUCGCCUGGCUGAAGCCCACCAUGGGAUCGCUGGAGCAUUUGACGAUUUAUUGCGAUAAUUACUGGGGAUUCUUCCCGAAGCUGGACCUUAAAGGGAUUCACUUCCCUCGGCUUAAGACCCUAGCGCUUGGCAAUUUCGGCUUCGCGCAGGACGCGCACGUGGAGUGGAUCGUUUCACAUGAAGCGACUCUUGCAGAGCUAUACCUGGAUGACUGUACGAUCUUGUAUGAUAUUCUGCACAGUAAACACGAUGCUCCACCACCACGACUCCAUCCCGCAACGAAGUUGACGAAGCGAAGUAGCAGGCUCAACAGUCAAAGCCCCAGUCUUCGAAAUCAGCUACUCGUCUAUUGCGACAUCUUUCCAUACCCGGAAGCCUUGAUACCUCCAAAAGGUGACUCAGCUGCAGAGGCGUUUCCUAUGGAAUGUAUCAUUUGCCAUCUGGACGGCUUCCUCCUCUGUCUCGAAGCGAUACAGCCCCAGAGGAGGGCCAAAGAUCUCCUCUUGACUCGUCAGCAUGGAGGGUAUCAUUCCAGAAAUGAUUGUGGGCGCGAAAAGUUUUCAAGGAACUUGGUGUAA